CAAUCAUUCUGGUAGCUAGGUUUGAAGAUACGGACUUCUUUCUACAGAGUUUAUUUUGAAAGACUUGAACAUGAUUUUACGUUUACGAAGUUGGCUGUACUGUUGCUACUUUCAGUGCAGUGAUGUCUGCGGUGCUUUGCCUCGUAGCAGGAGCACUUUGCUUUUAUGUGAUAGUGUAUUACGGCGUAUUCAGAGGCGCUAGGUGCUCCAGUUCAGUGAAGCUCAAUGGGAAGACGGCCAUUGUUACAGGAAGCAACACUGGCAUCGGCAAGGCCACGGCUCUGGACCUGGCUAAGAGAGGAGCCAGGGUGAUCCUUGCCUGCCGCAACAAGGACAAAGCUGAGGCUGCUGCUGUCGACAUUCGUACGGAGAGUGGGAACAACCAGGUGGUGUUCAUGCAUUUGGAUCUCGCCAGUUUCAAGUCUGUUCGCAGCUUUGCUGAAACCUUCCUGAAGACUGAGCCCAGACUGGACAUCCUCAUCAACAACGCAGGUGUGAUGGGUCUUGGACAUACUGAGGAUGGUUUCGGCAUGGCGUUUGGGGUAAACCACCUGGGUCACUUCCUGCUCACCAACCUUCUCCUUGAGCAGCUGCAGCAGUGUGGUCCCAGCCGCGUGGUCACCGUGUCUGCACUUCUGCACCGCUUUGGCAGGGCGGACUUCCCUCUGCUGGCUUCCAAAAACAACUCGGUGUCUUCUCAGUCUACCUGGCACAACGUUCAAGCCUACUGCGACAGCAAGCUGUGUAAUGUGCUCUUCACCCGGGAGCUGGCCAAUAGGCUGGAGGGCACCGGUGUCACCUGCUACAGCGUCCACCCAGGAGUGGUCACCACAGAGCUGUGUCGCAGCAUGAGCCUCUGGCAGCAGCUCCUCCUGAUGCCCUUGGCCAAGCUCUUCUUCCUGGAUCCAGAGGGGGGGUCCCAGACCACCCUGCACUGUGCCCUGCAGGAGGGCCUCGAGCCGCUCAGCGGACGCUACUUCUCUAACUGUACACUGCAACAAGUGGGAGCCAAGGGGCGGGAUGACGGCCUGGCUAAGAAGCUGUGGGAAGUGAGUGAGAGGUUAACCCGUUUGACGUAACAGACUAAAUCCUAAUCCAGAGAGAUGGCUCUGUGCCUUAUCAGAGACCUCUACAGGCCUCCAGUGUCAAUGUCUUAUUGAUGGGCUCGUUGAGACCAUCAAUAGUUUGCAUAAUUCAGUUAAAAUUCAAAUUUUUUUAAGUGCUUGAAGAUUCAAUUAUAAAUAAAGCGUCUGUCACAAGCAAGAGACAAUAAAAGCAAAUUGAGUGGUCAUAGUCGUCAUAUUGACAUUUAAGGUGUUUCGACUGAUUUACUAUGUCAACUUAUGCGUUGAGUAAAAGUUAAACUAAAAGUUUCCGGUAGCUGUCAGCGGUAGCUUUUGAGCAGCACAUUCAAUUAAAAUAUGUUUUGUCAGUCUAUAGCUGUUUACUAGUAAAGAUGACAAGGCAGCAAAACAUUUUUUCAUGUAAAGCUGACUAAUGCAUGUAAUCUUUCCACCGUAGGAUCAAUGUUUUAAUAACUUUCAAACGAGCCACAAGAUAACUCCACACGUGCUCCGGUACCUAAACAAAUAGCGAUACACGCUUUGUCUCGGGCUGGUAUCCUAUGAUGUAAGCUAUAUAUCUGUUAGUAAACCUUAAGCAGUGCAAUGUGUUACUAUUUCUGUUAUCUGCAUAACCAUACAUAUGUGCCUACUGUUUAUUAAAUAACCACAAAGAUGUCAUGAUUGCAUUUUUUUACUGAAAUGUUACUCCAGCCAGUUUGAAGAAGAUAACCACUUUCAAUAAAUGCUCCAUCAGACCAGAAAGGGGCCAAG